AUGGUGAGGACCCGAAGCAAUCGAGUGUUCAAUCAGUUUUCCCCCAAGAAAUCUUCCGUGCCGUCGAAGAAGGUGAAGUUUUCUGCCCCACGACAAGAUGCUCACGCCUUUGCUGAAAACGAACCUAUCCCACUUGCUUGCCUUCCUCCGUCAGCCAUUGUUCCUUACUCCAAGGCUCCAUUUUGCGACGAAGGAGAUGAGAUUUACUCUACUCCACGCGGGUCUUCAGAGCAAGAAAGUAUUGCUCCCAUUGCCCCUUUAUCUCCGUCUCCUGACGUGCCGAAUUUGGGUGAGAAUCGGUCACCAACCAACUCUUCUAAGCCUCCGAAGGUUGUUGCGGAUCAGGUGUUUGAUGAAAUGCCACAGAGAGAUAAUCUUCCGGAUUUAUUGAAAUUUGUAGCAAGACCGGGUUUUUCAUGUUGGAGCUCUCGUUCUCAUGCAUUCCAACAAGGUUUGAGGCCACAGUUUACACCAAGUGUUGACAACCAGAAUCCUGAGUCAUCUUCAAAGAAGCGGUCUCGAUCUUUUAGUGAAGAAUCCCUACACCCAUGUGUUCUUUCUUCGGAUGAUGAGGAAGAAGUUUUACUGGAAGCCAUGGAACCAGUGGAAAAGGAGAAGUCUUCUCAGCAAUCAACAAAGAAGAGGAAAGAAAAAGACACACCGUUGCCGAGCAGAGUCACACGGUCUGCAGUAAAGUGUUCCGCCUCUGUUCAGAAAGCCGAUUUUAGGGAGUUAGGCAUUUUUGAUCUUCUUAAAGCACAACAUCUACUUGGAACGGUGACUAGGGUGCAGCCUUUUGUGAAAAACGUGGUUUAUGAGUUUUAUGCUAACUUGGUAGAAGAGAUGAAUAACCCUGCAUCUGAUAUGUAUCACAAAGUGUUCGUCAGAGGUCAUUUGUUUAAUUUCUCUCCUGUUGUGAUCAAUGACUUCUAUGAAAGAGUAAAGAAGCCUUUGGCAAAGCUACUCUUCCUGAUUGGUACUGCUACUACCUUUGAUUUUGGGCAGUUAGUGUUUGAUCAGAUCAUCAGCAAUGCUGAAGCCACAAUCACUCAUCUGGUUCUUCCUUUCCCUUCCCUCAUUUAUGGGAUUCUAACGAAGCAACAUGAUGUCAAGAAGUCGGAUGAGUUGUUUGAGAAGGCGUUGUAUUCACAGUAA